AUGCGCUCCUUCCGCGCGCUGGCACUCCUGGUGCUGGCCGCGUCCGCGCCGGCCGCCGUCGACGCCAUUGUGUACAAGGACCAAGUCGGCGACAUUGACUUCCACCACCAGCUCGUUGGCCUGCCCCAGCGCGACGCCACCUUCUUCCACCGCCCACGUCGUGAUGACAAGGCGAGCCUACUCUAUACACUAAGCGACGUCGGCGUGCUGGGCGCCGUUAAUCCGAGCAGUGGCGCGCUCGUCUGGCGGCAACUGCUUGGCGAAAAUGACGAUGACGCUGCCAAAGCCGACGCAUCGUUUGGAAAGGGCCACGUCGAGGCUGUCGAGGGCGAGGGCUGGCUGGCCGCAGGCCUGGGCCACUCGGUGCAUGCCUGGAACGCUGUGUCGGGCCGGAGCGUGUGGUGGGCGGACUUUGCGGGCGAGGUGGCAGAUGUCGCAGUCGCCGGGGCAGCAGACAAGGUGGACACGGACACGGCUACGCUUCGCAGAGACGUUCUGGCACUCCUCCUCGAAGACGGCCACGUUGUGCUGCGUCGUCUGACGGGAAACGAUGGCCACGUUGUGUGGGAGCACCGCGAAACACAUACGGGCAACCCUUCGCUCAAGAUUGCCGCAUCGGCCGACCGGGUCUACGCCGUCAGCAUUGCCCCGGGAGCGACUGGUCUCAAGGUCCUGGCUGUGGACGCAAAAACAGGCCAUCGCGUUGAGGAUCACGCUCUUGCCAGUGACAUCCACGCCGUUUCGGACGUCCUGUUUGUCGGCGGCGGCAUCGUGGCCUGGACUGACAGUGGCCGCACGAAGAUUAAGGUCAGCGUGCUCGGCACCAAGCAGAAGCACGAGUUUGCACUGCCUGAGCGCACAGAGAGUGUGAUUGUUCAUGCCCUGCGCAGCCAGUCUUCGUCGCCUUCGUUCCUUGUUCACACGCGCACGGCGGACGCCCAUCGCGGCCAAGUCUACCACGUUGACCUGAACAAGGGUUCCGUGCAAAAGGCGUACGACCUACCCCAGCAGCCCGGUGCUGGCGCCUUCGCCGUGACUGCGUCCGACGCCGAUGCUGUCUACUUUACGCGCAUCACGGACGACGAGGUCGUUUUGUUCAACUCGGUCUCGCACGGCAUUCUGGGCCGUUGGCCCGUUGCCCAAGGGGCUCCUCUGCAUGCAUCGGGCGCCGCAGCGGCCGAGGUUGCAGCUCGCCCGGGUGCCGGUAUCGAGAUUAGCUAUGCUGUCCGGACCGCCGUGCUCACGGCCGAUGAGGACUGGGUUCUUAUCCGCAACAACGGCCAGCGUACCUGGUCGCGUCCCGAAGGCCUGACGGGCGCUGUGGCUGCUGCCCUCGCCGAUCGUCCCGAAUCCGAGCAGCUUGUGCGUGCUCUCGAGGAGGAAGAGGCCCAGAGUCCGCUUGCGGCAUAUGUGCACCGUGUUCGGCGCCAUGUGGAAGACCUCGCGCACCUUCCGGCGUUCCUGCAGUCGCUGCCGGGAAAACUUCUGCGCAGCAUCCUUGGCGGCGCCAGCUCCGACGACGCCACCCCUGUUGCCGACCCCUUCGGUUUCCACAAGUUGGCCAUCCUUGCCACCCGCCGCGGCCGCCUCUACGGCCUGGACGCCGCCAGCCCCGGUUCCGUGCUGUGGACGGCAAAGGCAGUCGACACCGCAUCUGGCCCCUGGAAGGUCCAGAAAAUCUACGUUGAUGAGGCGAACGGCGUGGCUACGGUUGUCGGUGCGACCGCCGGCGAGUCUGUUGCCGUCAAAAUUCAGACGGGCGAGAUUAUUGUGUCGACUGUCAACGACAAUGUGAACGGUGCCGUGGCGAGCGCCGUGCUGGUCAACAGCGCGUCUGGUCCCUAUCUCCUGCCCGUGCCCGAGGACGGCUCCGUCCCUGCCAUUCCCGUCGACAAGUGCCCCACCGAGUCCAUUGUCAUUCGCGAACACGCAUCUGCGGCUGGCAUUCGUGGCGUGCGCUUCGUGGCAUCGCCCGAUGCGUGUGCCCAGGAGACGACCUGGACGUUUUCGGUACCACCGCAGUUCCGCAUUGUGGAUGUGGCCACACGUCCUGCGCACGACCCUGUGGCGUCGAUUGGCCGUGUGCUGGGCGACCGCACCGUGCUCUACAAGUACCUCAACCCGAACCUUGCUGUCGUCGCCGCCAUCAACGACGAGACGGGCGUGCUCAUGACCUUCUUGCUCGACACGGUCUCGGGGCAGCUGCUGUCGUCAGCCACGUACGAUGGCGUCGACGGCUCAAAGCCCGUCGAGUGCCUGCUGUUUGAAAACACGUUCCUCUGCACGUACUUUGCGGACUACCGUGUGUCCAUCGGCGGCGAUGCUGUCCAGACCAUCAAGGGCUACCAUCUGGCGGUCAGCGACAUGUACGAGUCGACCGAGCCCAACAACCGCGGCGUGCUCGGCAGCGCGGCCCAGAACACGUCGGCUGUGGAGCCCCUGGAGGUGGUGUCGGACACCGCGGCCGGCCAGCCGCUGCUUUUGCCUGCCGUCACGUCGGCCACCUGGGUUGUCGGCUCGCGCCUGACGAGCCUCGCUGUCACGCAGACGCGCCAGGGCAUCAGCGUGCGCCAUGUGUUGGCAUACGUGCCGCGCCUGCACGGCAUCGUGGGUCUCCCUCGCGUCGGUGCCGUGCUCGACCCCCGGCGCCCCGUUGGGCGCGCCGCUACGCCCCAGGAGGCCGAGGAGGGCCUGGUGCCGUACGCGCCGCAGCUCGAGAUCGAUCCGCGGCUUGUGGUGUCGCACGAGCGCGACGUGCUCGGCAUCCAGCAGAUCGUGACGGCAGCGACGCACGUCGAGUCGACGAGUCUGGUGCUGGCGUUUGGUCGUGUGGACGUGUUCGGCACGCGUGUGGCGCCGUCGCUGGCGUUUGACCUGCUCGACAAGGGCUUCGGCAAGCUGUCGAUGCUGGCAACGGUGGCGGCGCUGGCGGUGGGUGUGUUUGUGCUGCGUCCCAUUGUGACCAAGAAGCAGAUCAAUCUGCGGUGGAAGGCCCUGUUGUAG